GAUGUCACUACUCUUAACUACUAGAAACUUAAGUGAAGAGUUUAAUCGGAAGAAGGAAAGUUGCCGAAUAUAAAAAGUUAAUAAUAGUUUAAGGAAAGGUUAUUAUCCAUUUAUAUAUAAAAUCUAAUAUUUUAGGAAUUUACAAAACUUAAGGCAGUUAACUUUAAUCUAAAGAAUAAAAACAUUGAUGCAUAAAAUAAAAUGCCGAUAUAAGAGUCAGGGUGUGCACAGACAUCUAAUUAUCAUUAAAAAUAGUAAGCUACUCCAUCAUGAAAUUAGUAUUAAAUCCAAACUAUAAAGUUUUAAAUAAUAAUAGAGAUUCAAAAAGUAAUAAAAUCAAUCUCUAAUAAUAUCAACAAAUAUUUGCCAAAAUUUUGCACUUUCGUCCAAAAAUAGAUAUUUUUAAAUACAUAAUUCUCGUUUUAUUAGCAGUUCUUGA